GCAGUCUCCUUCAGCUACCUUAGAUUUCACCCCCACCCCUCAGCUUAUAGUACAAUCUUGUCAUUUCCAGCUUGCAAAGGGAGAGGAAGAGAGAGAAGGGAGAGAGUGUGUGUGUAUGACAGAGAAGGGAGGGAGGGAGAUGUUUUGAGCUGGUUUGCAGGGAGAGAGGUUGGCCUGAAUGCGAUCUGUCUGUGCUUCAGAGGCAUCCAGAUAUGUGUCACAAAGAUGUCCACACGCGGCUGCCAGGGAACAGACUCGGUCAUCAAGCCCCUGGACACCAUCCCUGAGGACAAGAAGGUGAGAGUUCAGCGCACGCAGAGCGGCUUCGACCCGUUUGAGAAGCCUGCCAGCCAGGUGAAGAGGGUCCACUCGGAAAACAAUGCCUGCAUUACCGCCAAGAGCUCGUCUACUGGGAAAGAGUCGCCCAAACUGCGCAGGCACUCCAGCCCAAGUUCUCCCACAAGCCCCAAGUUUGGAAAGGCAGACUCAUAUGAGAAGCUGGAGAAGCUGGGCGAGGGCUCAUAUGCAACAGUUUACAAGGGAAAGAGCAAGGUGAACGGGAAGCUGGUGGCUCUGAAAGUGAUCCGUCUGCAGGAGGAGGAAGGAACACCCUUCACAGCCAUAAGGGAGGCGUCUCUUCUGAAAGGACUGAAGCAUGCCAACAUCGUGCUCCUCCAUGACAUCAUCCACACCAAGGAAACCCUGACUCUGGUGUUUGAGUAUGUGCACACAGACCUGUGUCAGUACAUGGACAAACACCCAGGCGGUCUCCACCCAGACAACGUGAAGCUCUUCCUGUUCCAGUUGUUGAGAGGCCUGUCCUACAUUCACCAGAGGUACAUCCUUCACCGCGACCUGAAACCACAGAACCUGCUCAUCAGCGACACAGGAGAGCUAAAACUCGCCGACUUCGGCCUUGCCAGGGCCAAGUCAGUCCCCAGUCACACCUACUCCAAUGAGGUGGUGACCCUGUGGUACCGGCCUCCAGAUGUCCUGCUGGGAUCCACUGACUACUCCACCUGCUUGGACAUGUGGGGAGUGGGCUGCAUUUUCAUCGAGAUGAUCCAGGGAGUGGCUGCCUUUCCUGGAAUGAAGGACAUUCAGGACCAACUGGAGAGGAUAUUCCUGGUUCUUGGAACUCCGUCUGAGGAAACAUGGCCUGGCGUUAACUCCCUGCCUCACUUUAAAGCAGAACGCUUUACAGUGUACAGCGCCAAGAAACUUCGACAAGCGUGGAAUAAGUUGGGCUACGUGGACCACGCUGAGGAGUUGGCCUCCAGGUUCCUCCAGUGCUUCCCAAAGAACCGGCUGUCAGCGCAGGCGGCCCUCAACCAUGAAUACUUCAGCAACCUUCCUCCACGGCUCUGGGAGCUGCAGGACAUGUCUUCUAUCUUCACUGUACCAAAUGUCAAGCUGCAGACAGAGAGCGGGGACAGCAUACAGGUGUGCGCACGGAAGAACAGCCACGGAAAGGCAUCAUCUGGCAGCAAGCACUGACCUGUGGCAGCAUCCUGCACAUGACUGCCUGACGGGUGGCUGCUGUGAAAAAAAGAAAAGGUGAAGAUGAAGAUGGUGACAUCGAGAAGACCCCCAGCUCUCUAUUUAUUACCUUCACAAAAUGUAUGCGAGUGUGCGUAUGUGCGUGUGUGUAUGUGUGAUGUAUGCAUGCAUCAGAAGGUGAGUGAAAAGGUGUGCAUUUUGAAUGGUACCUAAGAUUUCAAACUAUUAUUUGCAAGUUUUGUUUACUUUUUAUAAGGUUCCAAUAACUCAUAUAUAAUUGUCACAGUAGAAGCAAAAGAACUUUACUAUCGCUACAUAUUGUGUUUUGUGUUUGUAACUAGCCUCCUAUUUAAGAAUGUAUAUUUGUAUGUAUGAUGUAAUCAUCUAGAAACUAUAUAAAGGACAGUUUUAUUAUUAUUGCUUGUUACCACUGAACGGCUCUCACCAGGGAAGCUCUCCCUGUAGACACACACAUUCAGGAGGCUCAGUCCAAUCACGCUGAAGACCACAGGAAGUCCUUAGGAUUCUGAUUCAUUUCUGUCCAGUUCAGCUCUGAUUUGUGGACUUUUAGAGGGAAAAAAAACAAUAAACAUGAUGACGAUGAUGAUGAGAGCUUUAAAGUGACGCAACUCAUUCCUUGGCAGCCAUGUUGGAGGUCCUUCAUUCUUCAUAUUUCAGAUCGAGACCAGUCGCUGUAAAAUGUACCCGUUUCCUGGUGAUGUUAUGAAUCACUUUUGUCUUUGUGGUUAAUAUUUCUGAAAGAAAAACUCUUUUUCAAAGGUUGCCGGGAGUUAAGGAGACAGUAGCAGCUAUAAAAAAAGGGAAUUAUCCUAAAACAUUUAGCUUUGCUGUUUUAUUUUAUUUUAUUUUAUGUUUUUUUUUUUUGCUCUACAUUAUGCAUGUCAAUAUAAAAUUGAAAAAGACCUGGCUAGUUUCUUUAAGGAAGCUGAUAAAGCUGCCCAACUCUUCCAAAUAAAAGAACAUAAAAAACAUGUGGUCUCAUGUACAAAGAGUUGCACGGAUUUCCUGCUGAACCAAAACCAGAGGACCCCAGUAUUUACAGGGGUUAGGGACCACACCUGCUCACAAAUAGAUGAAAUCUGUAAAUAAUUGAGAGUCUUUCUGAAAAGCCUUAUAUCUGCCUAUUUUUAUCAUUCAAACACCAAAUAUAUCUUAACGUGCAUUUAUACACAGUGGAAACCAUCUUAGUUCUAACGCAGAAGCUGUCAACAAUAAUCUUACUUAUCUUUACUCUUUGGCAUAAUUGGGAAAAUAAAUGGCACUCCUGGAUUGGCUGGUUCACAAAUGCUAGCCAAUAGUGUGUCAGGUAGCAUUGAACCAAGUUAUUUUAACUUCCUAAUCUGUUUUUUUUUUUUAUUAUUGUUAUUAUUAUUAUUAUUAUUAUUAGAUAGUCUCUAUGGAAAAAUAUGUGAAUACUUCCAAAGAAAAAUCCAGAAUUUAGUGAAUACACAAGUGCAAAUAGCUGGGAGUCCACUGUUGCUAACCAUUUACCCUGCAGGUGGAAUUAUCAGAAACUAUUUCUUUAUUGAAAAACGGGUAUUUGGAGAUUCUCCUUAAUAAGAUAGAUGCACAAAAAAGCACAGAUUGGACAAGUAUUGAUAGUAAUGAUUAAAAGGUUGAUUUGCAAAACCUGUUAAAAUUGAAUACCUGUUACAGUAACGGUAUCACACAUUGUUAUUGUAAAUGAAGGAAGGAAAGGUUGAAGCUGACACAAUAGCCGUAAACACAAGAGGCACUCGGAGAUGUAGGGACAUGAAAUAACAAGACAAGGAUUAGUUUGGAUAAAUGUCUCUGCUAAAGCUUAAACAUGAUGUAUUUUAAAAAUCAUCAUUCUGUCCUCACUCUGUCUCUCUGAUAGGCUAAACUCAUGGCAUAAUUUAGAUUUCUAAGUAUGUAUUGGCAGUCUGAAGGAAGCUCAGAAGAAUCCAUGUCAAGGCUCCAACGGGGGCAGCCUGAUGAUGGGGAGCCAGAAAACAGCCUUAUCAUGAGAAAGAACAGGGUACCUCCAUUUUGGGUUAAAUGUUAAGUUUCUUGGAACCAGCUGUGAUUUCGGCUGUGGUUCCCUCAGCCUCGUCUCUGUUGACUGGAAAAGACAAUCAGCGGCUCACUCUCUGAGCAGAUAGCAGGCAGGUUGUUGGAUGUUUGGCUUGUCCUCUCCUGGAAUUCAGAACUACAAGCAACUCCAAAAUCCUUCUACAAGAUUUAAGUAAAACUGGAUUGAACUACUCUUAGACGAAAAACAAGUUGCCCUUUUGACAUGCAUUUAAAUUUUCAUGUUUUCAGCUUUUAAUCCUAACAAUUUAAAAGUUAUUGCUUUUUGACAAUAUCAAGAAGGCAGCCUAUGGAAGUAAAAGAUGAUUUAGUUUAAUCUAAUGUGACCUGAUGGUGUUUUUUAAACAGUUUAUAGUAGUUUUUACAUCUGUACAUAGAUACAGAUAUAUCUGUACAUAGAUACAGAUGUAUCUGUAUCUAUGUACAGUUUUUGUGAGUUUGUAGGAUGUUCUGAUGUUUCAUUUAACCUUUAAACAAAUAAAGUAAUCACUCAGUCAAAUCGCUGAUGAUGCAACAAAUACAAAAUGUUUGGUGCGCAGAGGCUUAAUGAGCAUAAUAUUAAAGUAAGAAACUGAAAUGUCCCAAUAUUAUAUUCACACUGUGCUGUUUACCAUAGCCUUUAAAAAUAAUAAUAAUAAUAAUAAAUAAUAAUAAUAAUAAAUAAUAAUAACAAUAAUAAUAAUAAUAAUAAUAAUAAUAACAGUGGAGUUCAAGGUACUUCCUACAGCACGCUUUCUCACCAACAGCCUAUCAUCUAUAGAAACUCCCACAGCAGCCAUGAUGUUUCCACUGUCAUGGUCAAAUAUUGAUGCUUCUCUAUUUAAUUUAUAGACAAUCAUCUGCACCCUUUGAACAUGAGGCUCCUGCAGUCUAAUAUUUCUAAAUGGGACGCUAUCAUUGGGUUGGGCAGCGUCAGUGGACCUCCAUGAUGGAACCAGAUCUUGAUGUUGCAACCUGAAAGCUUCUCCUGAUCAAUCUGUGUUGAACCUAUUGAUGAUGAAGGGACAGCGUAAAGUGCUGUUAGAUGCAAUACUCCAAUGGACCACAACGGCUCUGGUGGAAACAUAGGUUUGAGCUUAACAAACAUGGGCAAUAUAAGUGUCAGUGCUUCCAUCUGAGAAUACGAGCUAAUGUACAUAAAGACAAAGCAGCAAGGCAAUAGGCUGAAAAGCUUCACUGUAUGUUUUGAUCCAGUUCUGAAAAAUCCAUCUUCCAAGUUUUCUGACAUGCCAAAAAAUUUGAUCGAUCCAUAUUGAUUCCUAUAUCAGUUUAUUCCUGAGUCAAGACUUGUGACUACACCAGAGUUUUCUUUGACAAAGUAAAUGUGUGAAGGAUGGGUCUAUGUGGAGCCUGUGCUGCGAAGGUUGUGCAUAACUUUGACUCGUCCCUAGACCACCAACAUACUCUCUCCUGAGGCUGUUGAGAUGAGAUGUCUUCCCCCCCAAACUUUGCAUAUUUUCCUGGAUGUUUUGGAACUUUCUACUGAACAAAGCUCAGCUAUAUAAAGUAACAUCAUUUGCAAAUAUGUUUAAAAUGAGUUUUUCUAUUGCUAAGAUUUCUUUCUUUUUUCUUUUUGUGUAAAGAUAUUUGAAUAUUACAGAGUAGUUGUUUGGUGAUAAUUGUGAAGUACUAUCAAACUAAUGGCUUCCUUCUUAUUAGUCCGUUUCAGAACAAGUGAGACAAUAAUAACGGCCCUGCACUGUUGAACAGCCGAGAUCAUGAGGCUGCAAAUCUAAAGCCACGGACAAAUGGAUACUGUAGAUGUUAUUCCUAUUCCUCUCUAACACAAACACACACACUCACACACACACACAAUAACAUGCACUCGCUCAAGUUUGUAUUUCAACCCAUAUUAGGACUUUGUAUUGACUUCCAUUCAUUUAAGUAACUGCAUAUAAGCCUAACCCAGACAUUUUCCCAAACCAAAACCUAAUUCACAUCACACCUCUAACCCCUAACCCUAAACAACGGGUCCUCCAUAUUAGGACUGGGCUUUGGUCCCCAUGAGGCCCAUUAAUAUUCAAAAGGUUAGUAAAUAUGCCAGAAAUGGUCCUAAAUAUGAUAGCUAAACAAGUACACACACAUACACACAAUUCCAGGUAAUACAGCUGUAUUACCUAACAGUAGAAACUGCUCUGCAAAGUCUGCAGCUCCAGCUACAGUGUAAUUUACUUUCAACGCCACUUUCAACACACUAAAACAUUUGUUUUUUUUUUAAAAGGUUACUUAAUGCAACUGUUGCAGUAAAAAGUUCUCUCCAUCCAAACCACUGUUGUAUUUUUAAGUAUGAUAUCCCAAAGCUAGCUAAUGACAUGCUUUGGUAUUAAACCAAAUGUUACAGUCUCCUUCCUUCCUGGGUGAUGGGAGGGUGCAGCAUGAGAUGGAUAAACUAACCAAGAAUCUAUAAUGAUGCAUAAGAGCCUUAUUUAUUGGUCUAUCUGCUGUGAUCAGGUCAAGAUCUCAGACUAAAAUGACUGACAUACCCUCCGUUCUGGCUCUACCUUAGUAGAAACAGUAAGUUGGUGGUAAUGUCAGUAUAAUGAAGUAUAGUCUGUUUGAUAAUUGGUACGUAGCAUUCAAAAUAAAUACCUUAUAAAUAUACCUAUAUGGCCCAUCCCUACUAGCUUAUGUACCCUUGUAUGGCAAUAAUACAGUCCAUGAAUUCAUAAUAGCAACAACCAAAAAAUAAUCAUUUAGAAAAGUUUGUCCAAACCUGUAGUGAUACAUUUAAAGUAACAACAUGUUUGUUUGUUUGUUUCUGACUUCAACUAGAGGAUUUUUAAAAAUAGAAGUUAAGUCAAAUGUAUCACAGAUGUGAAAAAAUGUUGCAUAUUGAGGAAUUUUCAGACCCACUCAAUAUCGAUCCAGUAACAGGCUGCUAAACAGAGAAUAAAUGGGGAAACCACAACCUUUUCACCUUUUCACACCAGAAAUAAAAGCCCAAACAAGCCAUUUUCCACUUAAUAACUUUACCUGUUUUCUUUCUUUUAGUUUGACAUUUGAAGCGCUGAACUGGAGCUGUUGGGAAUAAAUGGUGGGACUGAGGCUGUUGCUUGUAAGGUUGAUUACAGCGACUGCUGUUUCUCCUGUAAAUGACAUCCAAGUACACCGUAUAGGUCAGAAUAUCCAACCAAUAACAGGGAAAUGAUGGCUUUAUGAGGCACUUACACAUUUUAUUGUGACUCCGUUCCAAUCCAGCUUUUCCAACCACAGAGUCGAACCUCUGAGGUUUAAAAAAGAUAAAAAGAAAAAAAAAAGGAUGAUGGGCUUAACUUACCCAGCAGCAUUUUAAAAAAUGCACUUUAAAUAAAAAUUGCCUGUAUGGUCACUUUACUCUCUGGCUUUCCCUAAACAAUAAACGCAUAAAUAUUCAUGCCCUCUCGCUCGGCUGGAUGCAGAGCAUGCCGGCCGGCUUCCUCACAAAUGUAAAUCUCAUCCCUGGAUGUGAACCCUUACAUGGACAGAGGGGAGCUGGUAGAACUGCUCUACUUGAAGUUAUCUUUCAGCUUUUCAGUGUCACCCGCAGGCUGUGAUUGUGCAGCAGGAAAAAGGGGAGGAGAGGCGGUGGGUAAUGCCACUAAAGCAGCGUGACAGAAGAGGGUUAAUACCAUCGAGCUGCGCUAAGAUUGCCCAGCCUCGAGUGGCUUUAGGGAUUGCAGGCAGUAUUAGCCAAGAAUAAUUAUUUUUGCUAUGUUGCUCCCUGUGUGAGCACGCUCUCCAUGUGCUGCGCGUUGCUUCGUAACACCCCCCAACUGUUUCCCGGAGCUUCUGCAGCCUGCAGUUUGCUGUAAAACUUUUCAAGUCCCACGUGGGCAGAGUUGAAACUCUGUUCAAACAGGAAUGUUCUUCAUACAUUUUGUAGAAGGUCCAGUGAAAGGGGUGGUAUUGCAUAUUUAACACUGUGACUGCAAAAUGAAAUAUCACCGGAAACGUCAAAGGUGGAAGCUUAGUUUAUGGUGGUAAACAGGGUUGGAAGAGUCCCCUUAGCGCUAAUGAAAAGUCAUGUAUGAUAACGCAUAUUUCUAUAAAUAUAUAUAUAUGAAAGGCCUCUAUUUUUGGCAUUUAUCACGUGGACAUAAGUGGCUUGACUAUAAUAAACUUGUAGGUUGGCUCUGACAUGCAUCCUGGCUGUGCUCAUCAAUAAAUCUGUGUUUGCAAGAUUUUAAUGUGAAGCUUCUCUUGCAGUUUGCUUUUCUUUUCUACGCUGCACUGAAAAACCGAACAAAAACAUCCUUUCACAAGUGGUUUGGAGUCGCCAAUCACUUUAUGGGGUGAAAUAAUAUUGUAUACUUUAGGAUAGCUGUUGCAUUAUUUGUUACAACCUCUAUGUAAUGUUAUUAUGGAAGAUGUAAUGUCCUUCUGUAAAUGUUUAAUGUUGUUUACCUGAAAUAAAAUUCUUCAAGGGUCUUAUGAA